AUGUUGGAGUCUUGGGUCAAUAGGGCUCAAAAUGCAAUCUCCAAAACAUUUGGAAAGGAAGCUACUCCCUAUGUAUUGGCCUCCAUUGCUGUUGGUGGUGUGGCUCUGAUUGCCAUACCACUGCUAUCUCCAAAACAGAAAUCAAAAGGAAAUGCUCCUCCCAUGAUCCCUUACGUCAUACCCUUUGUCGGUUCUUUACUUGACUUUGGUUUACGUCCUAUUGAUUUCCUGAUCGAAUCUUACUCAAAGUAUGGUGAUUGCUUCUCCUUUGUCAUGUUUGGUCGAAACAUGACUUAUGUCAUGGGUCCAGACGGAAACAACUUCUUCUUCAACGCAAAACUCGCCGACGUCUCUGCCGAAGAUGCCUACGCAAGUUUGACAAUCCCCGUAUUUGGAAAGGAAGUCGUCUACGAUGUUGAAAACUCAAUCCUCAUGGAACAGAAGAGAAUGGUCAAAGAUGCAUUGACUACAAAUGCAUUCAAACUAUACAUUCCCAUGUUUGUUGAAGAAACAAUGGACUAUGUCAAGAGGUGGAAGACUGAAGGAUCUAUCGAUGUAUUCAUUGCCAUGUCGGAGCUUACUAUUAUGACUGCAUCACGUACUCUGAUGGGCAAGGAAAUUCGCUCAAAAUUAGAUGAGUCUGUUGCCGCAUUAUACCAUGAUUUAGACGGAGGUUUCCAGCCAAUCAACUUUUUGUUUGAAUGGCUUCCACUGCCACAAUAUUAUGCUCGUGAUGCUGCUCAAAGGAAGCUAAAUGGCAUAUUCAAGGAUAUCGUUGUUGCUCGUAGAGCAAAACCUGAAACAACCAACUCGGAUGUAUUACAAGCCAUCAUGGAUUCCACUUACAAGACUGGUGAAAAGAUGUCUGAUAACGCCAUUGCUAACUUUAUGAUUGCUAUUCUUAUGGCUGGUCAACACACCAGUUCUACUACCACUACGUGGACUCUCUUAUACAUUGCUAGCGAUCCUCAGCUUCAAAAGGCACUGUUAGAAGAACAAUCUAGAGUUCUUACUGGCAAACCUGAUACCCCAGCUUCCCAACUACCGCCACUCACAUACGAUCACAUAAAAAACCUAAACCUUCUCGAAAUGACCAUCAAGGAAACACUACGAUUACGACCUCCCAUCUUUCAAAUAAUGAGAACUGUCCUUCGAGACGUUGAAUAUAAAGGCUAUAUCAUACCUAAGGGCCACACCAUCUGUAGUUCUCCUGCCGUCUCUCAGCUUGACCCUGAAAAGUAUCCAGAUCCACUUAAAUUUGAUCCUACUCGUCAUUUGGAGGCUGCACCAUCUGGUGAAUGGAAGCUCACCAACUUUGAUAUUGCAGAGAAGAGUGCUCGUAGUCAUUAUCUACCUUUUGGCGCAGGUCGUCAUCGAUGCAUUGGUGAAGGAUUUGCAUACAUGCAAAUAAAGUCCAUCAUAUCCAUGCUCAUCCGAACAUAUGAACUGGAAUUACCACUCAACCCAGACGGUACUCGUAAAUUCCCCAAACAAGACUUUACUAGUUUGAUUGUCAUGCCUGAAAAGCCUACAAUGCUGCUGUACAAGAAACGAACUGCAUAG